AUGAAUUUCGACUGUAACGCCGACGCCGAAAAGAUUUACAAUGCAUGCAAAGGCCUGGGCACCAAGGAGGAAGACAUAAUCAAAGUUAUCGGCAAUCGAAAUCUGGCUCAGAGGCAUCAGAUUCGUCUAGCCUACUUUUCAAAGUACAACAAAGACCUUCUUGAUGUCCUAGACAGCGAACUGAGCGGUGAUUUCGGUUAUCUUUCAAGAAGUCUUUUCCUUGGACCCAUUCAAGUCUUGGCGAUGGAUCUGUACAAAAUCUUCAAAAAGACCGGCUCUGCUGGCGGUGAUAUAAACGACAUAAUCUGCUGCCUCAGUCCCUCGGAGAUAACUGCUCUGAAGGCUGCCUACUUGGAGGAUGAUGAUGAUGCUGAAGAUGAGCCGAUUGACCUUCAUGCCCCAGAGGAUAACAAGCUAGUUCUAAAUUAUGAAGGAGUAAAGGACAAAGCGCGAAGCCUGGAGAAGGACAUAGAGAAGGAGACCAAGGGUCAGCAUCGAGACUUCCUUCUCAAAUUUAUCAACACUAAUCGCCGUGAAUUCACCCCAGAGGAGAUUAGGUCGGUUGCCUCGUCCGGGCGCUGGGACAUGCUAGUGGAUAUGCAACAAGUGGAACGUAACGCAACUGCCAUUCACGACGCGACAGAGGGGAAAGCUGGUAAAGGAAACGAAGUAGAAGUUACAAGAAUCCUUUCUACUGCAAGCGCCUUGGAUCUUCGGGCAAUGUAUGACCACUACCGUGAUGUCUACAAGGUCUCGAUGGUCGAUGCCAUCUCCAAGGCCUUCAAGAACCCGCUACGUAAUGCUUACAACAACGUCAUAAUGACCGCAGUCGACCUUCGACUCCUCCUGGUUGCGCAGCUCUACAACGCCAUGCACGGACUGGGAACCGACGAGCGCACGCUCUCGCGCAUCUUCACCAUUCGGUCUGAGAUCGACCUUCACAACUUGAGGAUGCUUUUCCAAGAGAAAGUCGGGCGUUCAUUGGGGGAGAUGGUGAAGAGCGACACCAGCGGUGACUAUCGUUCCCUUCUUCUGACCAUCCUCGGAGAAAAGUAG